UCACAACUGCAAACACAUCAAUCUAGAGACUUUUACUGGCUAUGUCGGGGACUUGGAUAUUUUGGGUCCUGUUGACGACUCAAUGGAUUGCUGGCAAAGAAGCCAACGAAUCUAAUUAUCAAGACAAGUGUAUAAGCAGACGGCUUAUUAACCGUUAUCAGUUGAACGAAGAGAUUUACGGAGGAAGAAGUUGCGAUCUUAAGAAUAAAAAACGUCAAAAACGACGUAUUGACCCCACUUUUCAUGGGAAUCCAAAGCCACGUGGAGAGCUUUUGGCCAAUAAAUUCCAUGUAAAUUCUUACAACUUUGAUCAGACUAACUCUUUAGUGGGGCUGGUUAACAAAAUUGCUCACGAGUAUCUAAAUAAAUGUCCGCCGGUCAUAUAUUAUGACAGUUUUGUGGAAAAAUCCGAUGGGCUGAUUCUCGAGAAUUUAUUUAAGACUAUCCCUAUUACUUUUUAUCAUGGCGAAAUUAACGCAGGCUACGAAGCGCAAAAUGCUGGUUUUACAAGCCACAUUGAUAGCAAUUGCAAAAGUUAUAUUUUGUUUCUUUCGGACCCACUUAUGACGCGAAAGAUUCUUGGUCCCCAAACGGAAAGUCGUGUGGUGCUUGUCUCAAGGUCAACACAAUGGAAGCUUCGUGACUUUUUGUCAUCGGAGCUGUCCUCAAACAUAGUAAAUUUACUAGUAAUUGGAGAAUCUCUAAUGGCUGAUCCAAUGCGCGAGCGCCCUUACGUUUUAUACACCCAUAAACUUUACGCUGACGGUCUUGGUUCAAAUACUCCCGUGGUGCUCACCAGCUGGAUAAAGGGCGCUCUGUCGCGACCGCACAUAAAUCUUUUUCCACCGAAGUUCCAAUUUGGUUUUGCCGGCCACAGGUUUCAAAUUUCAGCCGCUAAUCAGCCGCCUUUCAUCUUUCGCAUCCGGACUUUAGAUUCCUCAGGAAUGGGCCAGUUACGCUGGGACGGAGUAGAAUUCCGACUACUGAGCAUGAUAUCGAAACGUUUGAACUUUUCAGUAGAUAUCACUGAGACACCAACACGGUCCUUUACGCGGGGAGUGGUGAACUCCAUCCAGGAACAGAUUGUGGAAAGGACCGUAGACAUUGGGAUGUCCGGUAUUUACAUAACUGAGGAGAGACUCCGAGACUCCGACAUGUCGGUAGGACACUCACGGGAUUGUGCCGCCUUUAUAACACUCGCCUCAAAGGCACUGCCCAAAUACAGAGCUAUCAUGGGCCCUUUCCAGUGGCCAGUCUGGGUCGCUCUAAUUUGUGUGUAUCUUGGAGGAAUAUUCCCAAUCGUCUUCACCGACCGUUUGACACUUAGCCACUUAAUGGGUAACUGGGGUGAGGUAGAAAACAUGUUUUGGUAUGUGUUUGGCAUGUUCACAAACGCUUUCACAUUCACCGGAAAAUACUCGUGGAGCAACACACAGAAACACUCCACACGAAUCCUGAUUGGAGCCUAUUGGCUUUUUACAAUUAUCAUUACGUCCUGCUACACCGGUUCCAUCAUUGCAUUCGUAACGUUGCCAGCGUUUCCCGACACCGUUGACUCUGUGCUGGACCUGCUGGGCUUAUUCUUUCGAGUGGGAACCCUGGAUAAUGGCGGCUGGGAGACCUGGUUUCAAAACUCCACCCACAUUCCUACGUCUAGGCUUUACAAGAAGAUGGAGUUUGUCAGUACCCUAGAGGAGGGCAUCGGCAAUGUGACACAGAGCUUCUUUUGGAACUACGCCUUUUUGGGCUCGAAGUCUCAACUUGAAUAUCUGGUGCAGUCAAAUUUUUCAGAUGAAAAUAUAUCGCGCCGAUCGGCGCUGCAUUUGAGUGAGGAGUGUUUUGCGCUCUUCCAAAUAGGCUUUCUCUUUCCGCGAGAGUCCGUGUAUAAGCGUAAGAUCGACUCGAUGAUCCUGCUGGCCCAGCAAAGCGGUCUAAUUGCCAAAAUCAAUAACGAGGUAAGCUGGGUUAUGCAGCGCUCGUCCACAGGCCGCCUUUUGCAGGCCAGUUCAUCAAAUUCCCUACGUGAAAUAAUCCAGGAGGAGCGCCAACUGACGACGGCGGACACAGAGGGCAUGUUUUUGCUCAUGGCCCUUGGCUACUUCCUAGGUGCAACGGCCCUCGUGUCCGAAAUCGUGGGUGGCAUAACAAACAAGUGCCGUCAAAUAAUAAAGCGAUCGCGCAAGUCGGCCUCCAGCUCUUGGUCCUCUCGCCACAGCUCGGCGACAUGUGGAGCUGGACAACGCACGGAGGCCGAACAACUGGCGCACGAUGAACGAAAGGCAACAAGGCGCGAAGCCGCUGAAGAUUGUCAGAAGAUGAGUUUUGGAAUGCGAGAGUAUAAUCUUACGCGCACAACGCUGCGCGAGCUGUACGGGAGCUAUACCAGACCAGAUCUGAGCAACGGACAGCGAACCAUCGACAACCCAAAAAUACCUUUCAGCACUAAAAACAUCAAUUAUUUGGAAGACGAAGAAUGUCGUGAAGCCAUCGCGUCUCUGGAGCAAUUAGACGACUUCAUGACCCAGAUGGCAGGCGAAAGUGAUCCUAAGCCACCUGAAUUCAGACCCGACGAAUUAUUUGGACCCAAUCCAGAUCACGUAGAAGUUCCUGAAAAUCGAAACAGAGAAGUCUCGUAAAUUAUGUUGAAGUUUAUUCGCGGAAAGGGUCAGCAGCCCAGUGUGGAAAGACAACGCCUACAAAAGGACCUCUUUGCUUAUCGAAAGACCGCACAGCAUGGCUUCCCUCACAAGCCUUCGGCGCUGGCAUAUGAUCCUGUCUCAAAACUAAUGGCUAUUGGAACGCAAACAGGGGCCAUUAAGGUUUUCGGUCAACCCGGAGUAGAAUUGUAUGGGCAGCAUACAUUAGUUAACAAUUCUGCAUUGGAGCUUAACGUUCAGCUACUUGAGUGGGUUUAUGGAACUGGUCGCAUACUUUCGUUGACAGCAGCCAAUCAAUUAAUUUUGUGGGAGCCUGUCGGCACGACUUUGCUGCCAAUCAAAACUCUUCCCUUCGAUGGCAAACUGAAGAAGGUUUCAUCGCUAUGCUGUUCCUUAAGAAAAGAUUUGCUUUGGAUUGGAACCGAAGGUGGAAAUAUCUAUCAACUCGAUUUAAACACAUUUACAAUAAAAGAACCUGUAAUCUACCAUGAUGUGGUGUUAGAGCAGGUCCCACCAGCGUACAAGCUGAAUCCUGGAGCAAUCGAAUCAAUCCGCCAGCUUCCAAACGCUCUUAACAAGCUGCUAGUUGCUUACAACCGAGGCCUUUGUGUGUUAUGGGACUUCGAAACAAACUCGGUGGAACGAGCUUACAUAGCCCCUGGACAUGGUCAAAGUGUUGGUCUCUCAGUGAAUUUUGGAGGAUCGGAAUUCAGUUGGUAUCACGCUGAUGGAUCCUACGCAACAUGGAGCAUAGACAACGACAAACCACCGACCAAUGUAAACUACGUUCCUUAUGGCCCUGAUCCAUGCAAGAGCAUUAAUCGUCUAUACAAAGGCAAAAGAGGAUGUAACGAUGUGAUUGUUUUUUCGGGCGGUAUGCCACGUUCAGCAUAUGGUGACCAUAAUUGCGUUUCCGUACACGAUAGCGAUGGACACAAAGUGUGUCUUGAUUUUACAUCCAAAGUUAUUGAUUUCUUUGUGACUUACAAAAAUGAUAGUGACGUUGCUGAAGUGCUUGUUGUACUACUUGAAGAAGAACUCUGCGCAUACGAUCUUACGGACUCUAGUAUUUCAGCUAUUAAAGCUCCCUAUCUUCACUCGGUGCAUGCAUCAGCCGUUACCUGCAAUUAUCUUGCUUCUCAAGUCAUACAUUCCGUAUAUGAGAGCAUUUUGCGAGCAGGCAACGAGCAAGACAUUGACUAUAGCAAUAUUGACUGGCCCAUUACUGGCGGUGUACUUCCAGAAUUAGGAGAAUCUGAUGAAGAGGAUACGGCUAAAUUGUAUGAGAUACUGUUAACUGGGCACGAAGACGGUUCUGUUAAGUUUUGGGAUUGUACUGGAGUGUUGCUUAAGCCAAUUUAUAAUUUUAAAACGGGCAGUAUUUUUGGAAGUGAACAUGACUUUCGGGAUGAUGCAGAAGGUGACAUCAGUGCGGAACAACUUGAUGAAGGAGAACCGCCGUUUCGAAAGGCGGGUCUAUUUGAUCCCUAUUCCGAUGAUCCUCGAUUGGCAGUAAAGAAAAUAGCAUUUUGUCCCAAAACCGGACAGCUUAUUGUUGGAGGAACGGCGGGCCAAAUUGUUAUAGCUAACUUUGAUGACGCCUCCGAAAAGGUAUCUUUGAAAUAUAGUUCAAUGAAUUUGGUAAGCGACCGUGAUGGGUUUGUGUGGAAGGGUCACGAUCAACUCAACGUACGACCCAACCUUUUGGACUCUGAUGCGAUUCCUGUAACUGAAAAUGGAGUAAAUAUAUCAGGAGUGCUGCAGGUUUUGCCUCCAGCCAGCAUUACAUGCAUGGCACUUGAAGCAAAUUGGGGCCUCGUAUCCGGUGGAACUGCGCACGGCUUAGUGCUCUUUGACUUCAAGAACUUCGUUCCAGUAUUUCAUCGCUGCACAUUAAAUCCAAAUGAUCUCACUGGAGCAGGUGAGCAGCUCUCUCGUCGCAAGUCAUUUAAGAAAUCUUUGCGGGAGUCAUUCAGAAAGCUUCGCAAAGGUCGAUCGACAAGGAACAACCCCAGCAAUCAGGUUCCAACAACACUGGAGGCACGGCCCGUUGAGCGGCAAAUAGAAGCACGUUGUGCUGACGACGGACUAGGAUCUAUGGUGCGAUGUUUACUGUUUGCCAAAACCUAUGUAACUAACGUCAACAUAACAUCGCCAACAUUAUGGUCAGCCACAAAUGCUAGUACUGUUUCGGUUUUCCUCUUGCAUCUACCCCCAGUGCAGACCGCUGCAACUACAGUACCGCCGGUCAGUGGCAAUGCACCACCGCCGACUCCGCGUCGCAUUUCCGCGCAGCUCGCCAAAGAAAUACAAUUAAAACACCGUGCUCCAGUGGUGGGAAUUUCUAUCUUUGACCAGGCGGGUAGCCCGGUCGAUCAGCUGAACGCCGGAGAGAACGGUAGUCCACCGCACCGUCUACUUAUCGCUUCCGAAGAACAAUUCAAAGUGUUUUCACUUCCACAAUUAAAGCCGUUAAACAAAUAUAAGCUUACCGCUAACGAGGGUGCUCGGAUUCGUCGCAUCCACUUCGCUUCGUUUAGUUGUCGCAUAUCGCCAGAGUUACUUCAAAACAUGCACGGGAGCAGCCCAACCAAAUCCACACGCUCACAUGGAGAUGGAGAGGGAUCCGGUAAUAUCAGUGCAAACUUGUCUGCUGGUCGUGGAGAUGUGUAUCACGAAACUGCACUAAUAUGUUUAACCAAUAUGGGCGAUGUUAUGGUUUUAUCAGUGCCUGAAUUAAAAAGACAGCUGAACGCCGCAGCAGUACGACGGGAAGACAUUAAUGGAAUUUCUUCGCUCUGUUUUACGAACUCUGGCGAGGCCUUGUACAUGAUGUCAUCCUCCGAAUUGCAGCGCAUUGCUUUAGCCACAUCCACAGUCGUACAACCCACAGGCAGUGUAGAAGUAGAACCUUUGGGGACUGAAGAGUCGGCCUUGGAAGAACAGGAUCUAGAAAGCGAUAAAGAAACAUAUGCAAAUUCAGAAGCUGAUAAUACACUAGACCCACCAGUCGCCACUAUUCGCGCUAAACCUGCAGAGGGAAAUGUUGAUAGAAGUAGUCUUCAUCUCACCAAUGGAGUCUGCAACAAUAAUUCACCCAAUCAAGCCAACGAGACUAUCAGCAGCUCAAUUGGUGAUAUUACUGUUGAUUCGGUGCGUGACCAUUUAAAUCUUACAACAACAACGUUGUGCUCUACGACUACAGAGGAGACUCUUGGUCGCUUAUCUGUGCUUAGCACACAAACAAGCAAGGCUACUACCACCGUAAACGUGAACGACAUUCCGGAUAUUAACAUCUCCAAUUUGAGGGACUUAUCGUCUAAAAGCAACACGACGGAAACAAGUACUAGUUCAGUAGUAAUAAAAUCUGUUAUUACUAGCAUAUCUCACGAAAAGACGAACGGCGAAAGCGAAAUAAGUACAGCAAAAAAUGCUGCACCUGAAGAAAGUCAAUUCUAAUAAAUGCAAACAGAUGCGGUCAAGUCUUGGCUCACAUGACAAAAUACAACUAUUAAACCAAUAUGUAACAAAAAAACAGGACAGAAUUAUACUUGAGUGCUAUUAUCCUGACCGCAACUGUUUACAUUACUUAUAAAUAUGUAUGUUUACGUAUUUUCACACAGUGUCUUUACACAUGAAAAAUGUGACAACGACACAAGAAACGAUUGCAUUUUCAAAAACAUUUUUAGCCGGGGACCGAAUACAGUCAAUACUUGUGAAAUUUAUUUUGAAGAUUAGAGUGACUAUUAAAUGUAGAAAAUAACAAUAUUUUAACUCUUUAAAACAAGGUGUGUUAAACUUAGCUAAAUUGAAAAAAAGCAGACCAAAACUAUAUACUACUGUCCAAAAUGUGUUUAAAAAUCGAGAACAUUGAAAAAAUAAAUAAACAAACGUGGUAGGUCAUAGCAAAUAAAAAUUACAAGUACCGAAUUUUGUCGGUCCCCAUUUCUAUAUUCACCAGGCGUUAUUUUUUUAAUUUAAAAUAACGUUAAGUUACAUUACUUUUAAUAUUUCUUAUGUUUACAAGAAUUUAGUGGAAUUUACGUAUAUUAUACUUUUUCUUUUAAUGUUGAUAAAUGUGUGCGCAGCUUGUUACAUUACCAUGUAAAACUACAAAAAGAGAUCUUUUUCCCUGUUUAUUUAAUUAUAUUUUUGUAAAUAUGAGAAUUAAAUUCUAUAAAGUGCGUACCAUAAAAGGUUUUGCAAUAUAAUGCAAAAAUUGACCAAUCAGUCCAUUUUGUUUCUUUAAAUUUAUUUUCUUACGUAUUGGGAAACAGGUUUUAAAAAGUACAAAAUGAAACAAUUAUGCCUUAUCAACACUGACUAAAUUUAUAUUGGAUUUUAUAAAGUAUUAAACAACAGGUACAUCGUUAGAUUAAAACGAUUUACAACGCAUUUAACUAAUAUAAAAUAUAUAAAUGUAUUUUUCUAAAUGAUGAUCGCAAUAAAAAGUCUAGAACUUGUUGUGAUGAA